CCCUCAGCAGCCCGCGGAGCCGCGCCGCGCCGCCCCGGCGAGCUCGCCCGGCCUGCCCUGAGCCGCGCCGCCGAGGUUUCUGAUCAAAGGGCCUGGGAGCUCACUACACUGGCACUGUGGGAAGCUUUAGCCAAUCCAAUGCACCCUGACAACAAACUGCCCAGCCAUGGCAAGGCAGGCAGCAGCGGUGCUCCGGCCCAGCACCACAACGUGAGCCAAGCACCCACCUGCAACCUGGGCUCGAAGGGUGUGGGGGCGGGCAGCCAUGGCAGCAAGGCCACUCAGAUCUCCCCUGGCAACUCUGGACUGAAAAACAGCCAGAACACUGUCCCAAACUUCAGCUCCUUGAAAGGCAAGGUGAAACGGGAACGAAGCAUCUCGGUGGACUCUGGAGAACAGCGAGAAGUCAGCACCCCUUCACAGGAGGCAGAAUCAAAAGGUGAGGUGGCUCCCCGUAGCAAGCGACGGUGUGUUCUGGAAAGGAAGCAGCCGUACAGCGGGGACGAAUGGUGCUCUGGACCGGACAGCGAGGAGGACGACAAGCCCAUCAGCAGUGCACACAAUUGUAAUGUAGCAGAUCCUGCGAUGUCCACGGCCUCACAGCUUGGCCCAGGGUCCAACCCGCUGCCGAACCUGAAUGAGACCGGUUCUUCCAGCGUGCCUCAUGGUGCUGCCCCUGGCUUACGGUCGGACGCUGCGGGAGGCGGAGCCAGUGGAACGGGAAAGCAGCCUUCACAGUUCGUUUACGUCUUCACGACGCACCUUGCUAACACAGCUGCAGAGGCUGUCCUGCAGGGCCGAGCUGACUCCAUUCUGGCCUACCAUCAGCAGAACGUCCCACGGGCAAAGCUAGACCAGGCGCCAGCUGCCAAAGUGCUGGGUGUUGCCGAGCCACUUCCGAUUAACCCUCCUGCUGCGAACACUCCACAGUCCCAGCCACCGGCACCUCAAGCGAGCCAGCCGCAGCCUCCCCCGCAGCAGCCUCCGUCUGCGCCUCAGACCAUCAGUCAAACACCUUUGCCUGCGCCCAGCAGCCUGCCUCAGGAAGGGACAAGUGAAGAUGUCCGGAGAGAUCUGACUCCCAACUCUUUGGGGAACAACGGUGGCAGCACCCAGCCUGGAAGUAACCACCCAAAUACACCCACCGCGUCUGCCAACACCAUGCAGCCUGGGCAAGUGGACUCCUCCACCACGUCCAGCUCCGGUCUCCUCGGGGAGGGCCUGGGCCCAGGGAUGCAGGGGAACGGGCAGGCAGGCCUGGGCCCCAGGAACCCCAUGAACUCGGAAGGGCUCUCAAAGGAGCAGCUGGAGCACCGCGAGCGCUCUCUGCAAACCCUGCGGGACAUUGAGCGCCUACUGCUGCGCAGUGGGGAGGCCGAGCCCUUCAUGAAGUCCAGCCAAAACGUGGGUGAGGGCGGCACGGCCCCUCAGCCGCAGGCUGCCUCCGCGCAGCCCCCCGCGCCCCCCGCCACCAUGAAGAAGUAUGAGGAGCCUCUGCAGUCCAUGAUCUCCCAGACCCAGAGCCUUGGCGGGCCCAGCCUGGAACACGAGGUGCCUCACCACCCGGGUGCUGACAUGGGGCAGCAGAUGAACAUGAUGAUGCAGCGGCUGAAUCAGGACAGCCUGACGCCGGAGCAAGUGGCCUGGCGGAAGUUGCAGGAGGAAUACUAUGAGGAAAAGCGACGGAAAGAGGAGCAAAUCAGCAUCCACGGCCGGCCCAUGCAGGAGAUCAUGAUCCCACAGUCGAUGGGGAGCAUGAUGAUGCGUGGGCCCCCACCGCCCUACCACAGCAAGCCUGGCGAGCAGUGGCCGCCGGGGAUGGGCAGCCAGCUGCGAGGGCCUAUGGAUGUGCAGGACCCUAUGCAGCUGCGGGGAGGACCACCCUUCCCGGGACCAAGGUUCCCCGGGAAUCAAAUGCAGAGAGUCUCUGGCUUCGGAGGGAUGCAGAACGUGCCCUUGGAUGCUCUUGGGCCCAUGAAUGCCAUGCAGAGGCCGGUCAGGCCCGGCAUGGGAUGGAGCGAUGAUAUGCCUCCUAUGGGAGGCCCCGGAAACUUUCCACAAGGCACCCUGCCCUACCCCUCGGGGCAAGGGGAUCCUGAAAGGUUCAUGAAUCCCCGUGCCAGGGAGGAGAUUCUGCGGCAUCAGCUGAUGGAGAAACGCCCGGUGGCAAUGCAGAGGCCCCUGGGGAUGUCUGGCAACUCCAUGAGCCAGGGCAUGGAAAUGGAGAGGAUGAUACAGGCUCACAGGCAGAUGGAUCCGUCCAUGUUCGCUGGGCAGAUCACUGGGGACAGCCUGAGCAAUGCCCCGAUGGGAAUGGAUUUUGCAGGCACGCGGGGGAUGCUCAGCCCCCCUAUGAGUCAGUCAGGCCUUCGGGACAUGGAUGCGCCCAUGGGCCCCGGCAACCUCAACAUGAACAUGAAUGUCAACAUGAACAUGAACAUGAACCUCAAUGUCCAGAUGACCCCGCAGCAGCAGAUGAUGAUGUCGCAGAAGAUGAGGGGCCCCGAUAUGAUGGCUCACCAGGGCGUGAGCCCCGAAGAGCUGGCCAGGGCAAGGGCUCAGAACGGCAAUGGCGGCACAAUGCUGGGGGGACCCCAGAAAGUGAUGAUUCCCUCCCAGUUCCCCAACCAAGGACAGCAAGGCUUCUCGGGCGGGCAAGGUCCUUACCCCAACAUGCCCCAGGAGAUGGGCAGCAACUCGGACAUGUUCAGCCCCGAGCAGGGUGCAGUGCCUGUCGGGGGCAUCAGCGGCACCACCAGGCUCAGCCACAUCCCCCUGCCUCCGGCCUCCAAUCCUGCUCCCGCACAAGGGGGAAACCUGCCCAACAUGCACCCGGUGUCUUCCCGGGGACUGGGUCGCCGGCCCUCUGACCUCACCAUCAACAUCAGUCAGAUGAACUCCCCCAGCAUGAGUCACCUCAAGUCUCCCACCCUCAGCCAGGUGCACUCCCCGCUGGUCACGUCCCCCUCUGCCAACCUCAAGUCCCCGCAGACGCCGUCGCAGAUGGUCAGCAUGCCGCCUUCGAACCAGUCUGGGCCCCUCAAGUCCCCCCAGGUGAUGAGCUCGCUUAACGUCCGGUCUCCGACCGGCUCGCCGAGCCGCCUGAAGUCUCCUCCCAUGGCUGUUCCUUCCCCUGGCUGGGUGCCGUCUCCCAAAGCCACCAUGCCCAGCCCAGGAGUCAACCAGAGCAAGCAGCCUCUCGGCAUGAACUCGUCCGCUUCCAUGGGAGGACUGGAUCAGGGUUCUCUCCCUUCUGGGCCUCGGAGCAGCUCUUCCGCAUCAGCCAGUAACACCUCUAGCACCAUGAAUCCCAACAUGCCUUUUACUUCCUCUCCAGAUCCAUCCCCCUCCCAGAACCCCCUCUCGCUGAUGAUGUCCCAGAUGUCCAAGUAUGCCAUGCCCAGCUCCACGCCGCUUUACCACAAUGCCAUCAAAACGAUUGCCACCUCUGAUGACGAGCUGCUGCCGGACAGGCCUAUGCUCCCGCCAGGGAGCAUGUCAGGUGUGACAGGGAACCAGCCCAAUCAACUGCACAUGAACUCCGUGGGGCCUGGAUCCUCUCAGAGCCCCAUGGGAAUGAACCUGCCUGGUCAGCAACCCCUCUCCCACGAACCACCCCCCACCCCAAUGAUGUCCUCCCCAAACCCUCUGGGCUCCAACAUUCCUCUGCACCCGAGUGCUCCGGGGGCCGGCGUACCCCCCCAGAACCCCAUGAUGCUGCCCCCAGGGCCCCAGGACUCACUGAACCAGCAGUGUGGCCCCGUGCCCAGCAGCUCGCAGGUGAUUCCUUCCAACCAGCUCGUGUUCCCCCGCAUGCAGCAGCCCCACAAUGCCAUGCCGUCUCCCGCCGGAGGCAUGCCCAUGGCCCCUGGCGCGGGGGGCGGCCCUGGCAUGCAGCAGCACUACCCGCCAGGGAUGCCCUUGCCGCCUGAAGACCUUCCCUCCCAGCAGCCCAGCCAGAUGCCCCCUCAGCAGCACAUGAUGGGAAAGAACAUCCCUCCUCGGAUCGGCGAGCCCUACCCGCCCGUGCUCCCCGGGGUGGCAUCGGUGCUGAACGACCCUGAGCUCAGCGAGGUCAUCCGCCCCACGCCCACGGGUAUCCCCGAGUUUGACCUGUCCAGGAUCAUCCCAUCGGAGAAGCCGAGCAGCACCUUGCAGUAUUUCCCCAAGAGCGACAGCCAAGCUCCCAAAUCACAGCCUUCCAACCUCCACCUCAUGAACCUGCAGAACAUGAUGGCCGACCAGCCUCCGGUGCGGCCAGGUAUGAACGCCCCCAGCCUCCCCGGGCAGCAGGGCAUGCAGAGGGGACUCAGCAUGCCCAUGUGCCACCCCGGACAAGUGCCCAUGCUGGGCAGGACAGGCAUACCGCCUCAGCAAGGCAUGAUGGGCAACAGCAUGCACCAGGGCAUGAUGUCUCCGCAGCAGAGCCUGAUGGCCCAGCAGAAUUUCAUGCUGAUGCAGGCCAAGCAGAGGAGCAUGUCUGUCUCGGGAGAGAUGUAUGCCCAGACAGGACAUAUGAUGUCACCUCAGGGCUCUCUCAUGGGGCCCCCACCUCAGCAGAACCUCAUGGUCACGCACCAGAUGAGGCAGAGGAGUGUCUCCCUGGACAGCCAGAUGAGUUAUAUCCCCGGGCCUGGGAACAUGGCAAACCUGCCUUUCUAAGCCUGGCUGGUGCUUGGGGUGGGAGGGGACGGAGCCACCCGUACGGACGCUUUUAAAUCUAUUGUCGGGGGAGGGUUGGGGGCCAGCGCCGGUGGAGGACACCACGCGGGAUGCUUUUCAGAGCGGAUUUGCCUCUACACAGAAAACCAGAUGUGCAGUAAACUUGAUGUGAAUUGCGUUUCUUUUUCUUUGAGAGGGAAGGAGAGGGUGGAGGGGACCGGAAGUCGGGGCUGUUACUUUGAAGCCUGCGUGGUGACUGGGGACAUCCAGACCCUGUGGCAGUCUGUAAAGUUUAUGGUUUAUGGUUUUCCUCCUUCAACUGCUUUUCUUUUCCUUUUUUUUUUUUCCCCUCUCUUUUUUUCCUUUUUGUUUUUUUUUUUUCCCUUGUUUUCUUUUUGGUUUUGUUUUUUUAAGCAACCAAAACAUGCAAGAGGGUUUUUGGAACUCACUGUAAAUAGGUCGCUGGGAAAGGCAAAACUUGUGCUGGUUUUUAAUUGUUCUGUAUUUCUGUGUUUUAAUAGAAGCCUCAAAACAUGUUUUUUUAAAAAAAAAACCAAAAAACCAAAAAAACAGAAACAAAAACAUGCUGAAGGCAACAGUGUACAAGGAUUGAAAAGUCUCCUUGGGGGAGGCAGGAGGUUCCCCCAGGGUGCAGAGGGCAUUGGGAGAUCCCCUUGUAGAAUGACUCUGUGUCAAGCCUGUGUUGUUCACAUGUCUGAACGGUUUGCAUGUGCAGGGUGUGUAGUUUCAUGCACUUCUUGGGCCCCUGUGGAGGCGGUGCCGAGUACAUGAACGCAACCGAGGAUCUGCAGGGAGGUCGGAGCCGUAGCCGUGGUGAAAUGCUGCCGGAGCAGCGCUGAGCCGAAGGACGGAGGCUGCAGCUUCACAGGAUGCAGCUGCUGGCAGCCCGUGGCAAAGCUGCGGUGGCUGGGACAGUGAGAGUGCCGGCCCUUUGGCCAGAGAGGUAGCUACGGUUCUGGCCUUCGGCGGAUGAUAAGAGGCUGGACCCAAAAGUCUCAUCCAGCCGCGUCACCUCUGGUCCCCUCCCUUCACGCUGUGUCCCCUGUGGGUGGGGGUGGUGGUGUGUAGGGAUAGAAGGGCUCUGAGCGAGGUGAUGCGUUCCUGUGCUUCCAGGACAGGCUACCUGAGAACCCUCCUCUCGCAGCCUUACUACCCCAGUCCGUUACCUGUCCAUGACGUGCCCCUCUACCUCUGCUGUCAAACUCUCCCAGGUCUUCCUCGUGCUUGUCAGUCCUCCUCCGGCGUCUCGGGCAGCCUUUGCGCCAUCUCGCCCUGAGCUCCCAGCAGCAGCCCAACCGUACGGCAUAAUAGAGGUCUGGCUAUCGCAGGCCACCUAUCCCUGCGAGUGACGCUCCAUCUCGGUACGAGAGUCGGCUUGUACGGUACCAGCGGUGUGGCCAUCCUCUGGUUCGGACGAGGGGCGGUGGUUGCGCUGCAGCCCCUCGUUCCUAGGCUGGCAGAAGCACGUCAUCGGAAGAGCUCCAGCUUUUCUGGAUGCGCACCACCUUCCCCAUUCUCGGCUCCAUAAGAUCUUCCUGCAUGUGGCACUGGUGGCCUUUCCUGUAUUUGUUCACCAAGGGGACCGCAGGGUGACGCGUGUGUGCUUCAGCACGCGCUGCAGUGUCUCUGGGCCGCAUUCCAGCGUGGCGUACCCUGUGGGUAUCCAAGUGAACACGGGGCAGGCAAUUGCUGGAGGCACACCAGUUGAAGGAUGGUCUCUGCAGAACCAGACUUAGCGUACUACCUCUGUCGUAACAGAGCUCACCUCUCCCUACUUGCUACCACGGGGAGGAGAUAGCUUUCGUUAGGGUAGAUUGUCGAGCAGCGAGUGAACGGCAAUGCUUUUUUUCACUUUGCAAGGUGCUUGGCAAGGCCGACGGGUGCUGAAGUGUCAUCCCAGCCGCUGUCUCGAUCCAGUGGGGGAGAAGAUGGACUCGCUGAGUCCAGUUAGGAAUACCUUGGAGCCUCGGGGCACUUUGUAGCGAGCAGUACUGGGUGGGAAGCACAGGUCUGGAUUCGAGGAAGGAUUUUGCUUUGGCCUGCCUUGUGUGGUUUUGUUGCGUACCAUGUGAGCGAGCAGCAUUUUCGGAGGUGGCAAAACAGGAACAGUCCCGUGAAGUGCUCAUCUCUGCCUUAACAGUUGGAGCAGAGGAAUAAUCUUUAGCCUGGGCUAACGAGGUGCACUUUAGCCCUGCUGCGUUAGCUGGUUGGAUUCUUCACCCUUUCAGAGUGUGCGUUUCACGUGGGAGGAUGUGGCUCAAACAGGUGUCGCUCUUUCUAAGCUCGACUUGCCUGAAAGGCCGUGGCUUCUCUUGGCUGCACCUCAGAGUGUUGGCUGCUGGUAGUUCCUCGUAAACAUCCAAGUGCCAGGGCCAGCCCCAAACCUUGCUCAUCAUCCACCAGCUAGUCUCAAUUUGAAGCCAUACACUUUUCCGUAGGGAAGUUUUUUUGUUUGUCUGUAGACGGCUUGUUGUUUUAAGCCCGGUUGAGAUCUCCCCGUGUCCCUACUUUCCCCGUUAUCCCUUUUGCCCAGCCUGACCAAGAAGUGGCGUGCGGUCCUCGCUGCGUUGGCAGUGUGUGGUCCCCGUGCCGGCCGGAGCCCGCAGACUGUGGUGCAGCGGGGGAAGAGGCGGCAUGAUGGUGUUUCUGUUUGGUGACAGGAGGAAGGCUUGUCCUUCGGUGAUGGGCAUGUAGGAAGCAAAGCCUUUGGCUCGGCAGCCCUGGGUACGAAAGAGAAAUCCUGACGCUAGGUCAGAGCUGGGGUCUUUGGAGAAGCGGUAGGCGCUCCUCCACACAAGUCCCACCUCCCCAGAGCCAGUCGUACCCAUACCGAGCGAUGGCUGAACAACAGGGGGAAGUAGUGCCAGACACCUAACACCCCUCCACACGGAUGUUGCUCCUGACCAUGUCUGCUAACAGCAAUAUGGCAGGAGCUUCCGUGGAAGCUUGGUAGCAGCCAGUCCUUGUCAGACUCGGGCGGGGUUUGCCAUCAGCCAGUCUCCCGCUGCCGUGAGCUGUGUCUAGUCUCGUGUCUUGUAGUUUAUUGCUCAGCUUCUCAGCUUGAGUUCUGUGUACUGAAUCCACCUAAUCACAGUAAAAGGUUUGCCCAUGUUUUAGCCAUGACUUUGCCAUGUUUCCCCAGCUCCAAAAAAGUGAACGCUGGGAAACCAUAUUUCUCAGUACGUCAGAUAAUCACGCACCCGGAAUUAGCUUUCACGUCAAGGUAAUGGUGACUGACCUGUUCUCUGUCAUCCCAUGGAGAAACUUCCCCAGUCAUUUUGUACCAUUAUAUAAAUAUAUAUAUAUAAAUAUAAAUAUAUAAAUACAAUAUGUGAAGACAUCUUAUUGGUUUUUAUUUGAAACGAUUUUUAGGCUUGUUUUUGGGUAUCUGUGCUGCCUGUAAUGUAUUGACCUGUUUUAUAGGUGCCUUUUUAUUAAAAAGACAAAUUUCAA